AAAAGGUAGGUCUCUGUCCACACACGACAUCACACAGCAUCACACCACUCGCACAGGCAGCCACCUCGACCUCGUGGCUGCCCCCCUCCCUCCCUCUCCACUCGUUCACCUCUCCAUCUCCUUAUCUCAAUAUCUCUUUGUCUAUCUCUUUUUGCCCUUUUUCUUCUGUUUAGUGCCGUGGACCGAUCCGCCCUGCAUGUUGGGGUCCGCGAGGGCCUGCCGCCUGACCUUGAUGUGAUGCUCCAGGUCGCGUACCUCCCCCUGCAGCUCCUCCAUACGCUCCUCCUUGGCCCGCCGACGCGCCUGCUGCCGCGCAUUCUCCUCGCCCUCACGCAACUCGGCCUCCAACCUACACACACGAACACGCACACCCACACAGGCACAGCUCUCUGUGUGUGGGAGGGAGGGAGGCGGUGUGUCUUGUCUGUGUGUCGUACGAGCGUACUUCUGUCUGUCGCUUUGGAAUUCGAUUUGUUUCUGCUGCUGGGUGAGUGUGGCGCAGAGCUUCUCGAGUGAGGCGUGCUGGCUGCGGAGUUUCCGCUCCUCCGCCGACAGAGAGGCGAUGCUGUCGUCAAGCUGACAUGCACACACACACACACACACACGGACAAGGACAGUGAGACAUAUCAUUGCCAAUGUUGUUUAUGCCUUCACAUUGACACGCACCUUUGUCUUUUGUAGCUGCAGGUGGCUGAGCUGCUUGGUGAGCUGCUCAACCAGCCGCUGCGCCUCCCUAACCUGCUCCUGACCCUCCUAGUCAAUGACACACACACAGAGGCAUGCAAGCCAAGAAGUCCACACACCAUCGCCCGUCCGUCCGUCUCUUUCUCACCCGUUGUUUGGCCUCGAAGGUGGACAGCUGUAUGGCGAGCUGCUGCUCGUAGUAGUCCCUCUGUCCGUCGAGCUGCGACGCCAGCAGCUGGUUGAACUCGGCCAGCCAGUUCUCCAGCCGCCCCUCACGCAGCAGCUUGUUGUUAGUGUUAUGGCCCUCCCUCCCGCCACCACCACCAGCCCCACCCCCGCUGCCCUCACCCCCCUCACCGCCCUCCACAGACAGCGAAAACGACACCCGCCGACCCCACGUCUGUGUCUGCGGCGUGCCCUCGCUCUCAGACGACCCCCCGCCGCCCAUCCCCAUCCCCAUCCCCAUGCCCAGGCCUCCGCCGCCGCCCUCGCUGCUGCUGGUGCCGCUCGCGCCGUCCUGCGAGCCGUCGGGCGGGACCACCUCGACCAUCUUGCCGUCCAGCUUGUUCUGGAUGAGUCGGUGGACGUAGCCGUCCCUCGCGUAAUCCCACACGCGCUGCGUCUGGGCCACGAUGGCGUAGGUGUGGCGGGUGGUCUCGUAGUGCUGACGCGCAUGACCGCCGCGAGGACGGGGGCUGGCGCUCGGAGUGGCCACGGGGAGGAGGCGGUCUUGAGCUCCUGUCGGUGUGUCCCUUCUCUUCUUUCUGGUCUUUUUGCUGUCGACUGCGUCUGUGUGGUUGUCGGACGGUGGGAGGGCCGCGUCGCCCCCCCUGUCGCCUCUAUCGCGAGCUGUGGUGUUCGGGUCGUCGGCACAUCCGAUGAAGCCGCAGACCAGGCAGAUGUGGAUGUUGUCCAUGCUGCCGCACACGUCGCAGCACGACGCACGGAAGGGGAACUGCUGGAACCGGCAGACCGGACAGGACGUGUCGCACCACCGCCGGAGACAGUUGGCGUGGAAGGUGUGGCCACACAAGACAUUGAGCGCCACGCCUGUGCCGCCGUCCUUGGCUGCUGAUGCCUCCGCCGACUCGCCUGGCACGGUUGACAGCGACCGCCCCCUCUCAGCAGCACCACUCGUGUCGUCACCCUGAAGGUCCCGCUUGCCCUCGAGCAUCUCCAGGCAGACGGCGCAGUACUGGGGCGACUCCCACUUGCCGAAAAUCGUGUGCGGGGGGUUGAAGACGGUCUUGGUGGUCAGGGGGGCGUCCUUGUCGCCGCCCGCCGUGUCCUCAGCGAUCUCCGUGAUGCUGAUCUCCGUCACCAGGUGGAGCCUGCACGCGUCGCUCUCGAGAGGGUUGUAGGCCUUGCCGUCACACGACCGGAUCAGCCGCUCGGCCGUCGACUGGGUGCACAGAAGCAGCAUCAGAUAGACGUCGGCCUCAGGGCCGUGCAGCACCUUGGCGAACUCCAGCGAGAUCCCUUGAAGCUGCUGCUGCUCCUGGUCCUGCUGCUGGUGGUGGUCGUCAUCUCGCUUGGCCUCGUCUGCCGAUGCAGUGAUGAAGUCGAGCAGUUCUGUGGGCAUCGUGUGGGAGGGCACGCGGCUCGCCAGGACCACUGCAGGGUCGGAUGGGGAGGUGGUGGAUGGCUGAUUGGAGGAGGGCGGUGGUGGGAAUGUGCGCCAGUAUUUGAUCUUGCCAUUGGUGAUCUCGAUGGACGGGUUGCCGGACCAGUACUCCACCUCCUCCUCGUCUGUUGAUACCGACAAUGCCGCCGCUGCUGCUGCUGCUGCAGAUGCUGCUGGGCAGCCACAAGGAUACGUGUGUGUGGUGGAGAUGUGUGUGCGGUGCUUUUUGACUGUUCGUACCUGCUGGCGCUUCGCUGGUCUGGAACUUGUUGACGCUCAUAGAAAGACGAUGAAAGUGGCAAAAACGUUGACCCUCAACGUCUGUGUGUGACAGCUGACUCCUCCUUCCCUCCUCCUCCUUUC